AUGCUGGCACUUGCAACCAUUUUGACAACUAUCCCCUUUACUGUAACUGCUGCACAACCUAAGUGUACAGCUUAUGGAACAGAUGAACUCCUUCAUUUCUCAAAAAAAGGUGAUGUUUCCAUUGGGGGCAUUUUUUCAUUACACCAAAAUCCAGCUGAUGUAAAUCCGACACUCUUGAUCAAUCCAGGAAACAGCAGGUGUUACGGACUUGAUCCUGGCGAGCUUCAGUAUGCCGUGACAAUGAUGUUUGCCAUUGAGGAAAUAAACAACAGCACAGACCUUCUUCCUGGCUUCACGCUCGGGUACCGCAUCUAUGGCUCUUGCCCAAGCAUUCCUCUCUCUGUUGGAGCAUCACUAGCUCUCAUGAAUGGGCAAAUGGAGGCAGAAGAGAGCUGUCAAAGUCCCUCUACUAUACAAGCUGUGAUUGGGGACACUACAUCCACAUCUACUAUUGACAUUGCAAAGACCAUGGGUCCAUUUAAAAUACCUGUGCUCAGCCAUUCAGCAACAUGCGCAUGUCUCAGUAACAGACAUCAGUAUCCCUCCUUCUUCCGGACUAUUCCUAGUGAUUACUACCAGAGCAGAGCACUAGCCAAACUGGUAAAAUACUUUGGCUGGACCUGGGUUGGGGCGGUGAGAAGCCGAGGAGACUACGGCAACAACGGUAUGGCUACUUUUCUAGAAGCAGCUGAGAAAGAGGGUGUCUGUGUGGAAUACUCAGUGGCGGUUUACAGAACCGAUUCAAGACAGAAGUUUCUGGAAGUGGUAGAUAUAGUCAAGAUGUCGACAUCUAAAGUCAUAGUAGCCUUUGCAGAUGGCAACGAUCUGGACUUUCUCAUAAAAGAGCUUUACUACCAAAAUGUAACUGGCUAUCAAUGGGUCGGAAGCGAGGGCUGGAUCACAUACAGAUAUGUUGCAACCCCCACGAAUUACGCCGUGCUCGGAGGAGCCGUUGGCUUUGCCGUGCCCAAUGCAUAUUUACCUGGAUUGAGAGAGUUUAUUACGAGUAGCAAGCCCUCCCUGACACCAGGUAACACGGGACUGGUUGAGCUAUGGGAAAGUGUGUUUAAAUGCACUUUCAACCCGAAUGUACACAACGUCUCCAAAAUAUGCAAUGGAGAGGAGUCCCUAGCAAAUACAAACACACGUUUUACAGAUGUGUCUGAUGCUAGUCUUCUCAGCAACAUAUACAAGGCUGUAUAUGCAGUCGCUCAUGCUAUUGAAGGACUGCUUGCAUGUGAGAAAGGAAAAGGACCUUUCCUUAACAAAACUUGUGCAGAGAAGGGCAAAAUACAGCCUUGGCAGGUGCUGCAUUACCUGACCCAGGUGAACUUCACAAUCAAAAGUGGAGAGAAUGUUAACUUUGAUGAAAGUGGUGACCCAGCUGCACGUUAUGCUUUGGUUAACUGGCAAAUGAACGAUGAGGGAAUGUUAACAUUUGAAGAAAUUGGACUGUACGACGCAUCUUGGCCAGAAGGACAACAGAUUAGAAUGAAAGAUGAGAUCAGUGCCAUAUGGGCAGGAAAUCAGAAAAAUGUCCCAAGGUCUGUGUGUAGUGAAUCCUGUCCUCCAGGCACCAGAAGGGCCUUUGUUAAAGGAAAACCCAUAUGCUGCUUUGACUGCAUUCCAUGUGCAGAUGGAGAGAUCAGCAACACCACAAAUGCAGUAGCAUGCGUCCAAUGCCCACUUGAGUACAAAUCUAAUGGAAACCGAAAUCGAUGUGAACUUAAAAACAUUGAAUUCCUCACUUUUAACGAAGUAAUGGGCAAUACACUAGUGACGUUCUCUUUGUGUGGAGGAUGUCUCACAAUCACAACAGGGUUGAUUUUCUUCUGGCAUAGACAUACUCCUAUAGUAAAAGCCAACAACUCAGAGCUGAGCUUCCUGCUGCUCUUCUCAUUGACUCUGUGUUUUCUCUGUUCACUUACUUUCAUUGGUCGCCCCACUGAGUGGUCCUGUAUGUUACGUCACACAGCGUUUGGGAUCACUUUUGUCCUGUGUAUCUCCUGUGUUCUGGGGAAAACAUUAGUUGUGUUAAUGGCCUUUAAAGCCACACUUCCAGGAAGUAAUGUCAUGAAAUGGUUUGGGCCUUUAAGACAGAGACUCAGUGUUCUUGCAUUUACUCUCAUACAAGUGCUCAUUUGUGUGCUUUGGCUAACAAUAUCACCCCCAUUUCCUUACAAAAAUAUGAAUCAUUACAAAGAUAAAAUCAUUUUGGAGUGUAAUUCAGGCUCAGCUGUAGGUUUCUGGGCUGUGUUGGGUUAUAUUGGUCUACUGGCUCUGUUGUGCUUCAUUCUGGCUUUUCUGGCUCGGAAGCUGCCUGAUAACUUCAAUGAAGCUAAAUUCAUCACAUUCAGUAUGCUCAUAUUCUGUGCUGUAUGGAUCACAUUUAUUCCAGCUUAUGUCAGUUCACCUGGAAAAUUUACUGUAGCUGUGGAGAUAUUUGCCAUUUUGGCCUCAAGUUAUGGAAUGUUAUUUUGUAUAUUUAUUCCCAAAUGCUACAUCAUUUUACUUAAACCGGAUCUGAACUCUAAAAAAGUUCUGAUGGGUAAAUCUUCAAAGGUUCACUGA